AUGGAUCCGGAGACGCAGAAACUGAUUGAGAAAACCAGGCAAAGACGUGAGAUAUUAAACCAGAGAAUUGCUGGCAUGCCGGAGGCUGCUCCACGGAAACGUCGCACUCCAGUACAUGAACAAGAGCCAGAAAAUGUCCUUACUGAAAAGCAGAUCAACAAAGAUGAUUCUCCGAAACGUCAGUGUGUGAGAGAAGGCGAGCAGGAGAAGAAACAAGAUACACCAGCCAUACGUGGGGUUCAGUCUCGGAUUCGGGAUCUACCUAAUUCUCUAACCAGGGAAAAUGAGGAAAAUAUGGAAGGGAGCCCAACCCCCAAGCCCAGGAAAAGCAUCUCGUCACCACCACUGGAGAGGAGAGCUCCUACUUCAUUGUCAAAGUCUCCUGCUAGAGAUGGGGUGGCUCCCGCUGGUGUGUCAUCCUCCAGGAAGGGCAGGUUUGCAGCCCUGGCUAGUCAGAUCAACAACUGGGAAGAUGAUUUAACCCACCAUGUUAUUCCGAAGGAGGAGGAAAAGAAGCCAAAGUGGCAGCCUCCAGCAAAAGUUGAUGUUGCACCUGCCCAGCUGAAGUCAACACCCUCAGGCAAGGGUCCAGCUCCGCCUCCUCCACCUGCAGAAAACACAGCUUCAUCUGUGACGGCUGAAAGAUACUCCCCGAAGAAAGCAGCGCCUGCUGCAGCGGAACUGUACUCUCCAAAGAAAAUGGUAUCUGCCACAUCAGAACUGUACUCUCCAAAGAAGACGGCACCGGCCACAGCUGAGAUUUACUCUCCGAAGAAAACUCAAGACCCACAUUCACAAAUUUCUGCAAGUCCCGCUGGCAGCCUGACGAGAAACUCACCGUUGAGAACAUCAAAGGUGGAAUGGAAUCGUUCGCCAAAACCAUUUUCUCCAAGUUAUGCAGAAGGAGCCUCGUCUCCUUCGAAAUCAGCUACAGACCUGACCAAAUUCAACUUCCCUAAACAUGAAGCAUCUCCAGUGAAGGCUUCAUCAGAUACAGUUGUUUCUUCAUCAACCACAAGGUCGGACAAAUACAAGACUAAUCAUAAAGCAUCAGUUGCCAGAACAGAAGAAUCGGGCUCUAGGGACUUUCCUGAGGUGGCUUCUUCAAACGAUCAGCUGAACGUGACCUUGGAUGAACCUACCCUCAGACCAGUUUCACAGAGACUGGCUUCUUGGGCCAAAAAGGUUGAUGCCUCCAAACCACCUCCAGUUGAACCUUCCAGACAGCCUUUGUCUGCCAAGUUAGCAUCGUUUGAGAAGAAGAUUGUACAGAACACACCCAAGACCAGCCAGACACGCUCACCCUUUGUGUCAAAGACCCCUAAAAAGGCAGUUACGCCAGCACUGUCAACCCCAACUGCUUCGUCAUCAACCAGUUCUCGGCAGAAAAGUUGUGACCCCACAGAGCUGCCAGUCUCCCAGCGCAUGUCCCAGAUGCAGGAGAAGCUCAGCAACACGCCACAGCUGCGCCGCCAGCAGGAGGAGCCCACUGCCUUCACCGUGGGGGCCCGAAUGUCUGCCUGGGAAAAUAUGACCUCCUCCAACCUUGUCAGUGAUAUUAAGAAGCUCAACCCAGUGGAAGGGUCUCCCAUGGUCAGCAAAGCGAGACCAGUGUCGGAGUUUACUCCAAAAUGUGCGUCGCUGACCAGUGGACCACCUCAGAACCCACCACCGCCUCCAGCCAUGGGUAAAUCUCUGACCUCAAAGAAAAGCUUCAGAGAGUGUAUUGAAGAGAAGGCUUCACAAGUUCUGGCCAGGAAGGAGUCACCCACCGAGUCUGUGCCAGCUAGAGUUACCACACCUGCUAAAGUUGAUUCACCAGUUAAGACUGCUGGCGGAUCACCAAGUAAAAUUUGCCAUUCCCCCAGCAAGGUGAGCGCAGGAACCAAGACUGUUCAACAACGGUUAGUUGGCCGUGUACAAGACAGCAAUACCACGUGCAGUUCUCUGGCAGCACAGAGUAGGGCUGCACGUCUGGCAGAACUGGAGGAGAUUCAGAAUCGGUGGAAAAAUGGAGUUCUUAAGGAUGACAGUUCAUCAUCUGAUGAAUCAGGGGGUCACUCUGAACCCCCAGGGGAAAGAGCUCGGGGUAGAAGUCCUCAGAGAGUUAAUGUGGAAGCCUCGGCUCCAGCCAGCAGCAAGAGGGAGGAAUCUCGGAAUAGAGCUAGAUCUGAAUUCAACCAGAAACUGGCUGAGAUUGGAUUUGGUGGAAGUGAAGCAGCAUCCCCAGUACCACCACCACCUCCUCUUCCCCAGGCUAGUUCUUCUGCAGCGAAAUCAGCAACCAGCACAGCUGGCGGCAGUCAGACCUCCAGCAUCUACAACCUCAUCAAGAAAAGGGAGGAUGCUGAACCACAGAGUACAGACAAAAAGGUGCAGUUUGAGGACAGUUUUGACGAUACAGAUGAUGACUGCCUGCGCACAGUCCCGCAGUCUGCAGUUCGACGACAAGCUCAACAACUGUCUGAUGAGGACCAGGUGUUCAAAAAGCCCCAGGUGCCAAAGUUGAGGUUGGAGAGUGAGUCGGAUGCUCUCAGUAGCUCUGAUGUUGGAGAGGAAGAGUUUGUUCCUAGUGAGAAGCAGCAAAUGGAUAUCGACGACGAUGAUAUCAGUCUCAAGGGUUUUGUGUCUGAAGCAGUCCGCAGAGAAAGCAUCCUGCCAUCGCCCAAACUGCAGAGUUCAAGUCAGUCCAGCUUGGAUAGCUACGAUGAUGAUCGGAUGACCAUGGACAGCGAAGAGAGUGCAGCGUCUUCCUCGAAACAUGGCGGCUAUGUUGCUGAUGACAGCAAUAAUGAACUUGAAGACCGACAGGCAGUGGAUGAUCUGCUGGAUGAAGCUUUCGAUGACACCUCAGACGAUCUGGACCCUGACAUGGACCCCAGAAAAGUGGUUCUCCGAAAGAAGCCGCAGCAGGAACACUAUUACGACCCAGACAUGGACGUCAACAAUGUGGUGAUGAGAAAGAAGUCUAGCGCUAUACCCAAGCCUGCCCAGAGGCACAAUGGUUGCAGCAGGGACUCCAGUGAUGAUGAUGGCAGCGACAGACCGUACAGCUUGGAGUCCUACAGGAAGAGCGCACUUGUGCAUCACAUCAUGGAGCCAGUGGUACGUAAGAGCCGAUACACUGCAUCAUAUGACCAUGAUGAGGAAGAUGUGGUCAUGCCAACCAUUCAGCAGCCCCAGAGAGAUGACAAACGGUCUGUGCUGGACAGAAUCAGGGAGCUUCAAGAGCUGGUGCAGCAAGAGCAGAGUGUGAUCAUGCAGACCAGCAACGCCCUCAACAAGUGCUGUGUUGGCAACUCUUACUUUGCAGGCUCGGCCGAACAAGUGGAGUGCAACAGGGUUUUGCUGUUAGCUUGCCAGAAACGCCAGUGCUACAUGACGGAGAUCCAGCGACUGAAGGACACUGGAGUGUUGUCACACGAAGGGCCCGGCCCCCAGGGUUCUCUAACCAUUAGUGAUAUCAGGCUACCCUUGAAGAAGGAGUUUGUCACCAAGAUUGGAACCUCACAAGACAACAUCACACACUACUUUAUCUUGCUGAUCCGCAACGGGCCCCAGCUCAUCUGUACACAGAUGCUCUCUACUCACGACCCCAUGAUGAGGGGCAGCCUGGACUUCCCCAACCUGAUCAAAAUUAAUGGGAUCACUGCCAACUUUAAACUCACCAUGGACAUCUAUAGCAUGAGUGUGUCCAGAGAGAUGAGCUCCAAGGACAAGAAAAAGAAGACACCCAAGAAAUCAAAGGGUUACGCCAUGGCUUUGGAGAGCCCUGGAGGUCCUACAGCCGUCAGAACCACCAGCUUUAGUCAGGUCACAUCCCUGGUGCUGACUAUGAAAUGUCUGGAUAAGAACUCUUUCCACCUGGACAGGCUGCCUCAUUUGUCGCCCCUAUAUGGCCAGAUUUUCAUGCGACUCAAGUGUUUGAUGGAGACAAAUGUGGAGGAGCGAGGCUUUUUGACAAUGUUUGAAGACGUCAGUGGGUUUGGUGCCUGGCAUCGUCGCUGGUGUGUCCUUGCUGGCAACAAGAUCUGUGUGUGGAAAUAUCCAGAUGAUGAAACCAGGAAGGAUCCAAUGACACUGAUUGACCUGAAGCGAUGCAUCACAGAGAAGGUUGGCCUCAUCCCCAGAGACAUUUGUGCCCGCCCCAACACUUUUGAGCUGACCACAGUCAGGCAGCCCUUGAAGGGAGAGCACGACACCUUAGUCUCUCGGACAUACAACUCCACAACAUCUGUCAGACACCAGAUGUCGGCAGACUCCAAAGAAGAACGCAUCGUCUGGUGUAACAAGAUCAACCGCACACUGGCCAACCUGAGGACCUGGAAUGCUGAUGCCCUGAAACCACAGAAAAGCUGCACAACCACAGCCGCCUCCUAUCACUGA